AUGCGCCGCUUAGUUCCCUCUGUGAAUAGUACUCGCCUCCUCCAGCGCUUUGUUGCCUCGGCAUCUGUAUUACAGAACGUUCCUCCCGCCAAGACAUCUGCGAAGUUAGGAACACCGAUUCCAAAGGAGGAAGUGGCUCGGGCCUUUAAUGUCCCCGCGGCUCUUCUGGAAAAGGCAUGCAGACCAGGGGAGAUUCUCUUCACAACGGUGGAUCUCGCCCGUUCCCGCUUCGCCCCACUCAUUGCGACGCUGACAGCAGAGGAGGAUGUCACUAAGAUUGCCGCAGAGGUGCGAGCGGCGAAGAGUGGCGAUGCUGCCGCGGCCGCGAAGGCUCUUGCAGGGGCGAAGGAGAAGUUUGAGAACACCGCAUGGGCAAGUGUGCGUCAACUGGUGACCUUCUAUGAAGAGGCCAUGUAUCCUAUUCGUGUAAAGCUGCAGGAGUACAAGGUACAUGAGUUAAACAGUUUUCACAUUAAGGAUGACCUCAAGCGUGGACUCUCUGCCUUUAAACAAGAACACCUGGAUAAACAGAAGACGGAGUUGGUGAAGGUGCAGAAGCAAAUGCAGGAGUGCCAGAACUUUAUUAAGGAUGUCACCCAAUCAUCCUUUAACACCGCUAUUCUUAAUGAUAUUGCCAAUAUUCUACGUAUCUGCGGCGAACGCAAUCCACACGCCCACCGCAUGUCCCUGCAAGUACUGGAGGAUAUGUCUGUUCUCGCCGUUCCAUUUGAUGCGGUGACGGAGAAGUUAUUACAUGCGGCUGUCUUUGAUGAUGGCGCAGUGGACGACUCGGCGUUGCUCUUCACACUGCUGGAGUACCCAGAGCGGGGUGAGGUGAGUGUGGGAACGGCACCCGUUGAUCAGAUUGCAGAUGCCACACUGCGUGUUAUUAGCAAACGACAUCACACCCCAUUGGACAGCAACGACAAGGGGAAACUACUGCGGCAGAAAGACACACAUCCAUGCCUGCAGCGUUCAGCAGAGUAG